CGGGGCGGCGCCGGUCCUGAUUCCUGUGCCACGGCAGCGACAGCUCCGCGAGGAGGACUGAUUUUGCCAGGCGAAGGCGGCGACCGGCGCGGAGCUGGUAGGGGGGCACUGUGAAAGAAGAAUCAAGCUCUACAAUGACAACCUAUUUGGAAUUCAUCCAACAAAAUGAAGAACGAGAUGGAGUCCGGUUUAGUUGGAAUGUUUGGCCAUCAAGUCGACUAGAAGCAACAAGAAUGGUUGUUCCAGUAGCAUCCCUAUUUACACCACUGAAGGAGAGACCUGAUUUACCACCGAUUCAAUAUGAACCUGUUUUGUGUAGUAGGACCACUUGCCGUGCAGUUUUGAAUCCUUUAUGUCAAGUGGAUUACCGAGCAAAACUCUGGGCUUGCAACUUUUGCUAUCAAAGGAAUCAGUUUCCACCUACUUAUGCUGGCAUAUCUGAACUGAAUCAGCCUGCUGAACUUUUACCUCAGUUUUCUAGUAUUGAAUAUGUAGUUCUGCGUGGUCCUCAGAUGCCUUUGAUCUUCCUCUAUGUGGUUGAUACCUGCAUGGAAGAUGAAGAUUUACAAGCCCUGAAAGAAUCUAUGCAGAUGUCAUUAAGUCUUUUACCACCUACAGCUUUGGUCGGACUUAUUACAUUUGGGAGAAUGGUACAGGUUCAUGAACUUGGAUGUGAAGGAAUUUCAAAAAGCUAUGUCUUCAGAGGAACGAAAGAUCUAUCUGCCAAACAACUGCAGGAAAUGCUAGGGCUUUCUAAAGUUCCUGUUACUCAGGCAACACGUGGUCCCCAGGUACAGCAACCACCUCCUUCCAACAGGUUCUUACAGCCAGUACAGAAAAUAGACAUGAAUCUCACAGAUCUUCUGGGAGAACUGCAGCGAGACCCUUGGCCUGUACCACAGGGAAAGAGACCUUUGCGUUCCUCUGGGGUGGCACUUUCCAUUGCGGUUGGACUACUUGAGUGUACUUUUCCUAACACGGGUGCUCGUAUCAUGAUGUUCAUCGGCGGCCCAGCCACUCAGGGACCUGGAAUGGUGGUUGGGGAUGAAUUGAAGACACCUAUACGGUCAUGGCAUGACAUUGAAAAGGACAACGCCAAAUACGUUAAAAAGGGAACGAAGCAUUUCGAAGCACUGGCUAAUAGAGCCGCAACAACUGGCCAUGUUAUUGAUAUCUACGCAUGUGCAUUAGAUCAGACAGGUCUUCUGGAGAUGAAGUGUUGUCCCAACCUUACUGGAGGAUACAUGGUGAUGGGUGACUCUUUCAACACAUCCUUAUUCAAACAGACUUUUCAAAGAGUCUUUACCAAAGAUAUUCAUGGACAGUUUAAAAUGGGCUUUGGUGGUACAUUAGAAAUAAAGACCUCAAGGGAAAUAAAGAUUUCAGGAGCUAUUGGACCUUGUGUAUCUCUUAAUUCUAAAGGACCUUGUGUGUCUGAAAAUGAGAUAGGAACAGGCGGCACUUGCCAAUGGAAGAUAUGUGGACUCAGCCCCACUACAACCUUAGCCAUAUAUUUUGAAGUUGUUAAUCAGCACAAUGCUCCAAUUCCCCAAGGAGGGCGUGGUGCAAUUCAGUUUGUGACUCAGUAUCAGCAUUCGAGUGGGCAGAGACGCAUCAGAGUAACUACCAUCGCUAGGAACUGGGCAGAUGCUCAAACUCAGAUACAGAACAUUGCUGCGUCUUUUGAUCAGGAGGCGGCUGCCAUCCUCAUGGCCCGCUUGGCCAUUUAUAGAGCAGAAACUGAGGAGGGGCCCGAUGUGCUCCGAUGGCUAGACAGACAGCUCAUUCGACUGUGUCAGAAAUUUGGAGAGUACCACAAAGAUGAUCCAAGCUCCUUCAGAUUUUCAGAAACUUUCUCCCUUUAUCCACAGUUUAUGUUUCAUUUAAGAAGAUCUCCUUUCUUGCAAGUGUUUAACAAUAGUCCAGAUGAGAGUUCUUAUUAUCGACACCAUUUUAUGCGUCAAGAUCUGACCCAGUCUCUGAUCAUGAUUCAGCCUAUUCUGUAUGCAUAUUCUUUCAGUGGGCCACCAGAGCCAGUUCUUCUUGAUAGCAGCAGCAUUCUUGCAGAUCGGAUACUUCUCAUGGACACAUUUUUCCAGAUUUUGAUUUAUCAUGGAGAGACCAUAGCACAGUGGCGCAAGUCUGGAUACCAAGACAUGCCAGAGUAUGAAAAUUUUCGCCACCUUCUGCAAGCCCCAGUGGAUGACGCGCAGGAGAUUCUUCACUCCAGGUUUCCCAUGCCAAGAUAUAUUGACACUGAACACGGAGGCAGCCAGGCACGUUUCCUGCUUUCAAAAGUCAACCCUUCACAGACUCAUAACAAUAUGUAUGCCUGGGGACAGGAGUCUGGAGCACCUAUUCUCACAGAUGAUGUCAGUUUGCAAGUGUUUAUGGAUCACUUGAAGAAACUUGCUGUGUCAAGUGCUGCUUGAAUUACUAGCAUAUUAAGGACACUUAAGAGAUGAAAUAAUACUUCAGUUUCAUUUUUUCUUUUUCAGUUCAUCUGUGGAAACAACCAACUUUCUAGAGACUCAGUUAGUAUGGUUUGAGACAUGGAAAAAUGUUCACCUUUGUAGAUUAAGCUGGAAUAUAAGAGCAAUAAGAACAAAUUUGUUUUGCUUGCCACAGUAUUAUAACUGGUUUUAGAAAUUUGAGGUCUUUAUAACUUUAUUAUAUAAAUAAUGAAAAUAGUCUGCCAUGCACUACAGUUAUUUAUAUAGUGCAGACAAAUCCAAAGUGGCACUGAAUGUCCUUGCUGACUUUUUGAAAACUUGUAACUUUAGCCAGAAAGUACAAAACAUCAAAAAUAGUGAUAAAUGUGAACAUUUUUGCCUAUUCACUGAAUAUUUUCCUGUGAUCUUCAGCACUUAUGUAUGCACAUUUUCUGUACUUACUCUGUUAAUGCGAGUUUUAUUUUUGUGAUGAUUUGUCUAGGAAUUAUUUGACAUUCUAAAAGGUAAUUUUCAUGAAGAUAAGUUAAUGUUGGUCAUUUGGAUAAAUUUUUUUUUUUUAAAUGGAGAGAUAGAAAAUAAACCAUUUUGUCAGGGUGCAUUUUAGAAUACCUUGCAGUAAAGUGACUGUUGUAACUAUUAAACCAAAUUUGGUUUUCAUUGCAUGAUUUUGUUAUUUCCCACUUUUUUUUUUUGAGGUAAAUUUUACAUUAUAUACUUCAGUAUUUUUACUCUAUUUUAGGAUUUUACAC